AUGAGUUGGAUGUCCUUUCUCUGUCUGGCCACGGCCUUUCUGGACCUCUGUAGGGGACACAACACUUUGUUUGAAGGAUAUGACCCGUCUAUGUCCAGCUACCACCUGUGUACUCGACACGAGAGCACGGUGGUGAGUAAAGUGUUGUCCUAUAAGAUCUCUUACACGGUCAGGAGGUCAUGUGGUGGCUGGCUACCCUGGAAGAUGUGUGAGGUCACAGUUUACAAAAAGGCAUGUCAGACUGAGUACAUGAAUGCCAUCAAAGACGUUUUGAGGUGUUGUGAUGGCUAUGAACAAGUGGGCAGCUACUGUGCUUUACCUAUGAACAGAAGUGGAGAGUUCACUGCUAAGCCAGGGUCCUGUCCUGAGGGUGUUGUGGAGGCACCCAGGAGUGGAGGGUGCAGUAGAAGCUGGUGCUUUCACGUCACUGUGACAGCGAAGAUAGAUUACCAGUGGCUGAUAUCCAUGGACGGGGGAAUCCUGAACCACACAAGGCUGCUGCACUCUGUGGUGACUGGAGCGCUGGACUCUUAUGACGUCUCUGUAUACUAUAUCAGAUCCUGGCCUAUAUGGCCAUUUAGAACCUCCUCCUCUCUGCUGAUUAGUUCCCCUGAAAUUCUGUCCCUGUCCAACACGACCACAAAGCUGCACCUUCUUCUCAUACACAUUGAAGAAGUCACCUCAGUGUCAGUUGAAGACAUGAAUGAGUGUAGCCAUGCCGCUCUCAGCAGCUGCUCACGUCAGGCAGACUGUACCAACACAGAGGGCUCCUACAGCUGCACCUGCUAUCCAGGAUUUAUUGAUCUCAACCCCAACAACAAAGGGGUUCACUGCCAAGCUGCUGACCCUGUGACCUCACUCGUGCCCAGUAAUGCCACUCAUAUGUUCUGGUGGGCUAAUGCUACAGAGUUGCCACCCAAGAACCCCGCCCCCAUCACCAACCUGCAGGCUUCCAGCGUCACUGGCUCAUCCUUCUACGUGUCUUGGAUGACUGGCCAAUCCCAGAGCGGGUUUAGCUUUCUGGUGGUGCUGAUGGAGGGGUCAAAGGUCAGGGGACGCUGGGAGACGGGGCUGUCAGUCUGGGAGGUGACAUUGUUGAAGCCUGGGGUUCUCCACAACGUUACUGUCAUUUCCUGUCCCUAUGGGAGUCAGGGGGCCAGCCUGCUGGUUAAGACUGCUGCACAGACACUUGAAGCAACAGCUCACCUGACCAAUGUGCAGUUCACUGAUGCCCUGCUGGACCCUACUAGCCAGAUGUAUCAGAAUCUUAGUCGUAGUAUUAUGGAAGAGAUCCUCCAGUCUCUCCGUCCUGAUAUUCUGGCCCUGGUAAACUCAGGAGAUGUGAGGGUUCAGAUCACAGGCCUGGCCCCCGGCAGUGUAGUAGUGAACUUCACCAUCAUCUUCACACCCAGUCAGUCCCUGGACAUCCUGAAAGUGUCCUCUGCUCUGAUGCAGGCCCUACAGAACAGCUCCAGAUACACUGUUGACAGCAACAACACCAGCAUAGAUGAUGUUGAUGAGUGCAGUACAGGGGACAUGGACUGCUCCCCAUGGGCCCAGUGCACUAACACCUGGGGCUCCUACAGCUGUCUCUGUCUGGAUGGAUUCACGGACUCUAACCCCUCUAGGCCGGGACGGGUCUGUUCAGGUAGACAAAAUGGAUUCACUACACUUCAAACUGUAAUUGUCUUCUUUUUGUUUCCAUACAGCUCCUUUGACCACAACCACACCUAUGUCCACAACCACACCUAUGUCCACAACCACACCUAUGUCCACAACCACACCUAUGUCCACAACCACACCUAUGUCUACAACCACACCUAUGUCCACAACCACACCUAUGUCCACAACCACACCUAUGUCCACAACCACACCUAUGUCCACAACCACACCUAUGUCCACAACUACACCUAUGUCCACAACCACACCUAUGUCCACAACCACAUCUAUGUCCACAACCACACCUAUGUCCACAACCACAACAAACACUCCGCCAUCUCAGUGGAGUGCAGGGCCAGUGCCAUCACGGUGACAGUGGCCAGGGACUUCCUGUGGUCGGGGCACAUUGGGGACUCUUCCCUGUUUCUAGGGAGACAGGAGUGUGGCGUGAACGGAGGGAACAGUAGCCACGUCCAGCUGACGGUGGCUUGGGACGAGUGUAACACACAGCUCUUAUAUAACAGCACUCACUACACUGCUCAGGUAAAUCUGUACAACUUGCCUGAUGACACUACAAGGGUUCCCACAGUAUGGCUGAAGGUCCCCAUCAUGUGUACCUUCAGGAGGAACAUCAUCAUCUCCUCUGGUUACAGCACCGCAGGGUAUGAUAUGAUCAAUGAUGCUGUCAUGGGCUCAGGGACGUUCUACGUGACAUUUCAGCUCCUGAAUGGAAUGUCAUCCCUACCCCAGAACUACAGCCUGUCUCCUGAGGAGGACGUUGUGGUCGAGGUCAGCGUUGACUCCACGGUUUCCCAGAUCAAAAUGGUCAUCAACAAGUGCUGGGCCACCCAGACCAGCAACCCCUUAGAACCAACAACCUAUGUUUUUCUGGAAAACAGCUGUCCCCUCCCAAACACAUACACCACAGUCAUGGAGAACGGCAACUCCAGCAAGUCUCGCCUGUCUCUUCGCAUCUUCUCCUACAUCAACCUAAAUGUCAUCUACCUGCACUGCCAGAUUCAGAUCUGUAUCGAGACUGGCUCGGCCACCUGCCAGCCUAAAAAGGCUCAGGAUGUGUCCGUCGAAGAGAGAUCUGAUACUCUUCGUCUGGUGGGCUACAGUUUACUGGGAACAGGACUAUUCCUCCUCUUUAUCGGGAGUCUCUCUUCCUUGUUCUUCAGCCACAGGAAGCGAAUUGGAACCUACAGCUUCAGCCUCAAACCCAAACAAGAUAACUAUACCUAUCAUGUUUUCAAUACUUAG